CGCUGAGCUCAUCCCUUAAUCCCGUGCUUGUGACAAUCACGAGGAUGACACACUGUUCUUACUAAAUGUAGUCAUGUGGCACAGGGCGUAACGGGGUUCUAAUUUUGGAGAACGAUAUCAACUUGCGUCAAUGUCACCAUGAACUUUCAUGACUCCGUCGGGUGCGGCGUCGAGGUGUUUUGCGAUUCUACGAAGGCUUGGCAUCAAGGGAAGAUCGUCGAAUACGAUGCUCAAGUUGGCUACCGCGUGGUUUACAACGAUGGCAACGAACAAUGGGAAGACCUGUCUGACACGGAAAGAGUUCAUCUGGUCCCAACAAUAGAGGUUUUGCCAUCGGCACGACCGGUGGAUCAAAGUGCGCCGAACGUGGAUGGCAACAACGCUCCUGAAAACAAAUGCAUGAUGAAUCCACCCCCCGAAUUGGAGGAAAACAAUUUGUGUGUCGAUGUUGACGUCGUUGACACCAAUGCUGAAGGAACGGAUUUGCCCGUGCUGGGGGAAGUUACCGCCAACGAUCUCGCGAAUGACCACGAGGAAAUUCCAGACGUAUGCGGUGGCGUCGCAUCAGGUUCGACUAGCGAUACUCCUCACAGUCUCGUUGGAUCGGCUGAAGAUAAGAUGCCGUCGACGGCAACUCUGCAUAAUGAUCAAUGCACCGUGGCCACCACAAUAAAGCGACUUACACAUGCUAGCGCUACUGAUGAUACCUAUGGCCCAGUUCAAACGCCAACACAAACACAGUUUGCAGAACGAGAUGCACAAGAACUCAUUCCAAGCACUCAACUCAGCAAACCAUCCGAUCAACUAGGCAAAGCGCGAUUGCAAUUCCCUCCAUUUCUUGAGUGGGAUGGUCAAGCUUCGAGACUCAGCGGUCGCAUUUGGCACUGUCGCACCGAGCAGGAGGUUACAUGGCGUGUAUUUGUCAAGAUAUACAUUGUGCCUCCCGGCCCAGGAAGCAUCCAGUUGCGCUGCAAAGGGGCCAUCCACACUACCCGCACGCACGAAUGUGCAAACGGAGGCCCGUGGUUCGAUUCCGAAUGGACGUAUUUAUUCACAGAUGAACCUGUAAAUCUCGACAUCGAAGUUCUGUACGCAGUUUAUCACGCCGAAUCGACGACGAACAACAUCUUUCUCGGACAGAUUUUGAUCUCUCUCCGUGACUUGGUUGGAAGGGAAAACCAAAGCGUUUACGACAACGAGUAUUCGCUCAAAUCUCGACAGGGCAAGUGUGUCGCCGGGGUGUACUUUCACCUCGAGCAUCAAUUUCUCGUCACGAGCUUUGUAACGAGCACACACGAACCAACCAAAGUCGAUUCGAAGGCCAAUCUUCCAGUUGCUGUACAACUGGCUCACGACAAGCCACGAUUGAAGCCGAUUGUGAAGGAAAGGCAGAGAGAAAUUGCUCGAAAGGCAACCACAACGACCAGACCAAAGUCUUCGUCAUCCGCGCCGUCUAGGAAGCACAAGCAAUCGCUUCAAACGCAAGAAAAAAUCUACAAAACGGCCCGUCGGAUGAAGACAACGUCGCAAGCAGGGAACGGCAAACGAUCAACGUACAAGACGCAAGUGCAGUUGGUCGAAGAUAUCGCCGAGCUGCAAUCAAGUGUAGCUCAAGCGGAAGCCCAGGUGAUGAAACUGAGGAUGACAUUGUCUCGCUUGGAAAUCAGCCAAGGCAAACUCCGGACGACGGCUGAGUGUUUAAAACGUUCCAUUGCCAGAAGUUCACCGCUCACGGUUGGAACCAAAUCGAACAACGACUCACAAGGAUCGACGGUAGCACCAUGCUCGAGACGCACUUCAGAAUCGUCCGAUUACUUGGAAAGUUUGGCGACCGUGUUUAGCGAUGCCGAGAGAACGCGAGAACAGCUCCUGGCAAGCAUAGCAGCGCUCAGUCGCGAAGAAUCUGUCACUGACAUGGCUCUUCGGGAUGCAAUGGACGAUUUGCAGCGAGGUCACGAGCGGCUCCAGGUGGUCAGAGGAAACAGCGGUGCAGAAAGAGAUGACGAUCGUUUCUUCAGCCAACGGUUUAACGUUCUGAUGGGAUUGAGGGUCGACGUGACCACUCUGGAGGAACAAAAGGCAAUGAAUGAAUCCAAGGCAUCGCACAGCUGUCACGGCGGGAAUGCAUUGACAGAAGUGGAGGAGAAAGUAUUGUCCCGACGCAAGAAAGAGGAACACCUCCAGCAAGAGAUCGCCCUCCAUCGCUCGCAAUAUGAAGAAAUCGUUCAAAGCAAUGUCGUCAACAAUAUGAAGCGACAAGUCAAGGAUUUGCAGUGGAUUCUGUUGCUGACCAAACGACCAUGAUGCGAAUAUUCAAGUGGAGAUGCGAUUGACAAGACUGCAGGUUGGGUUUUCAAUGUGAGACUGAUCAUUCUAAUUACCACGUUCCUGCGCCCCCCCCUCUUCUCCAAGUGCAGGCACAUGCGGAAUGCAAACGCCAGUAGUCAAGUGCGUUUCUCCUUGCACUUGGCGAACUGGCCCGUCGAACUUGGUACGCCAAAUCCACUUGCGCGCCAACGACUCGCGAUGAGGCGGUA